AUAUUUUUCAAGUGGCCGUUUGUCAGUGUGUCUGCGCAUAGGCACAAGUCAUAUCGUGUAUUUCUUAUCACACGUGGCUCUCGUCACGUCUCGAAACUAAUGCGAACGGUAACAUUUUAUCUAUUUGAACAUUAAAACUGCCUGUAAAAGGUUUCCUUUGUGACGAAGUGUGUUAAUGAAUUUUGAACUUUAAUGACUAAUUAUGAAGUUUGGUUUUCAGUUGCCGGGAGAUUAACAAACGAGUACCGUUCAACAAAUUAAAACAAUGUGCAAUCUGAACACAGCUUUAUCAGUAGAAGAUAAGAGAGCAAACAAAAUUAUUUGUACAAAAGGAUUUUACUCAAGAAGUAUUCUUUAAGGCAGUUGGCUAUAGGCGUUAGAUACAGUGGCUGUGAAUAUGGUUUACACAAUAAAUAGUCAAAACAAAAUGGAAAGUGGAAAGGGUGAAAGAAGUGUAUGGAAACAAUUUAUUUUAGCAUUUUUUGUAAACAUACCAUUCUUCACCCACGGCUUGGAGACCACGACGCUGACGUCAUCAUCCCAUUCUGGCCACUUUAUCAGAUACUUCGACAUACAAUGGACUACCACAGCCAUGGUGGCCGGCGCUGGGGUGGCCGCUGUGAUCUUUUGCUAUGUUAUAGACAAGUAUGGACGGCUCACUGGGCUGUUUGUUGUUAAUAUGCUGCAAGGGAUCUCACUAAUACCGCACUUUUUGCUAAACAACAAAAACGUAUAUACAAUACAAGUUAUACUACACAUACUAGCUGGUGUGUCAUCAGGGGGACUGUUCACCGUCCUGCCAAUAUAUGUAAGAGAGAUCACCAGUCUAAGACAAGUAUGUUUGACUCUGAUGAUGGUGAUGACUACAGCUGGCUACUUGACAAAGAUGAUCGCGAUCGAAGUAAGGCUGUAUGUGAUGGUUGGAUUGGUGGGGAUGCAGUUUUUGUCAAUGCUGAUGAUGGUUGAAACUCCCAGUUAUUUGGUGAUGGUCGGAAAGUAUGAGAGCGCCCGAAGGAAUCUGUCAAGACUAACUUUGUUACCCGAGGACGAUCCAACAAUAUCAAAAGAAAUAUCAAAUCUUAAGGAUGAAAGUGAUCGAAGCAAAUCGAAUGGAAAGCUCUCUGUCUACACUGUGUGGCGAAACAAAAUAUGGCUGGAUAGUACAAAAAUAGGCAUCGUGCUCGUCACCGUUUCGGUGCUGUGUGGCAGCAUCCUCUUUCUGGACCAGGAGAAAACGUUAAUGCAGCUGAAGGUGCCCUCAGACACUGAAAACAUUCUAGUUCUAAGCACGCUGAUGGCUGGGAGUCUGUUCUGCCUCUUUUGCGUCACUUUAGUGGAUUUAAAGUACAUGCUGACAGCCGGCUACGUGAUAAUGACUCUCUCUAUUGGUGUGUUAGCUGUGUAUACUCAAGCUGACUUGACCGUGACGUCAUUUAGAUCAGUGCCUGUGGCAGCUCUAGGAGUCCUGGUCUUUGGGUACGGGAUCCUAUGGGGUUUGCCACUAAUAAUGAUGGUGGAAAUGUUCAAUUUUGAGAUUAGAGCGACACUAAUAGGAGCAGUUUACGCUUACUCGCAAAUAAUAAAACUCCUCCACGUACACACCUUCCAAUACAUUGAAGAUUACGUAGGCAUUUAUACUAUCUUCUAUAUAUUUGCAAGUAUAAACUUGUGGGGUGCAGUGUACGCCUUAUUCGUAGUCCCUAAUGUUCGAAACAAGAGUGUUAGACAAAUUGAGAGGCAAGUCAAAAGGCCAUCUUUACCGGCGUGAUAUUAUUAUAGUAUUAAAUUAAUUUAUUUUAAGGA